CAUCCGGAUCUGGAUCUAGCUCCCUCCUCCAUCCCCAUAUAUAAGCGAGCACACCCGUUGGAGCCGUGACCCAUCAUCACCACUGCCUUUAGCCGAGAAGAAGAGAUCACUAGCCAGAGCGAGAGCUCACCAUUCAACAACACUCCUUCACCAAACCUUGCUCACUUCCAACGAUCAUCCAUCGCCACGCCACACACAGACAGAGUGUGCGUGUUGAAGAGAAGAUGAAGCUUACCGGGAGCCAGAUGAGAGGAGGAGGCUUGAGCAAGACCUUGAAGGAGCACAGGGCCAGGCUCUACAUCAUCAAGCGCUGCGUCGUCAUGCUCCUGCGGUGGCACGACUGACUCCCUCCAUCCUUCCGUUCCAUGGACGGUGUUUGAAGCCAAGAUUUCUUUUCUGAUUUUGGAUCUGUGAUUUGAUCGUGCUGUGCCUGAAUGGCGUCGGCCGGCGCAGGUUGUACAUAGUACAAAAAGAGGCCAGUUAAUUAUAGAAGUAGAAGUAGCAGCAAAGCAAAGCAAUAGGAUUAGGGUAUAGUGUUCGUUGGUUCACCGCUUUCAGUUCCAGCAAGUGUGCCCCAUUGUACUGUUCUUGCAUCACUGAAGAAUGUACUGGAAUGCAACAGCAUCAGCUGAAAGAGAAGUGAUCGAUACUGUUCUAGCUC